UUUUUAGGCAAACUUGUUGAUGUAAUAGGGUGAGCCAAGACUAUAAAAAUCGAAUUGAGUCGCAAAUAGUCUGGAGUCAUCACUGACCACUGUUCGUCGUCGUGCGUUUAUUCGUGAAUCGAUUGAUUUGCACGAACAAACCAAGAUGAAGUUGCUUCUAGUUUUUACCAUCCUCUUUGGACUAGGGUUAGCCGCUCCAAGUGGCAACCAAAAGAUAUCAGAAAGCUCCGGAUCCCUUAUUUUCAUCCCCAUUUCACCCAAUCAACUUAUUGAACUGUUCCAAUAUUUGAAUGCCGGUCCCUACUCCAAAGAGAAUACGGAAGACUAUUCCACCUUCAUAGACGUUGAGACCGACGAGGAUAUACUCAAACAGGAUGAGCCUGUCCAAGAAGGCCCAGAACUCUACUCAAACGGCUUGGUUCCAAUCCGGGAGAAAAGAAGUGCCGAGCCAGAACCCUUCUUCCUAUUGGCCAGACUUUUCGGUUUUCGUCCCACUCGUCGAUCUCGUCGAUUUAAGGGUCGGCGACAUUUUGGAUAAAGAGUUGACUUCGGACGAGUUGAGAAACUGAUAAAAAAAAUGUGAUUAUUUGAUGGCGACCAUUGAUUGGAUUUCUGGUCAGGAUUGUAAAUAUACCCUAUUUCUGACUCA